UGCUGUUCACCGCGCUACAGCUCGAUUGCUCGCCUCGUCCCGCCGCCCCUAUCCGUCUGACUCGUUUUGUUCCUCCUGCUCUGCUCUCAUCUAGCUAACGAAUCCUUCUCUCUUUGGCACGAUGUCUGAAUCCUAUCUAUCUCGCGCCCAGUAUGGCAAGGACAAGAUCCGCGUCUUCCGCAUCGUCCGGGAGGGUGCAGCCCAUCGAGUAGUCGAAUACAACGUUACAGCCCUCGUGGAGGGCGACAUCGACGUCAGCUUCACUCAAGCCGACAACUCGGUCGUCGUUGCUACCGACUCCAUCAAGAACAUUACAUACUAUCUCGCGAAGACCUCUCCGCACAUCCUUAGUCCCGAACGGUUCGCGGUCCACCUCGGCACGCACCUCGUCUCCAAGUACGAGCACCUACACAAGGCACAUAUCACGGUCGAGAAGCUGCGUUGGGCGCGCAUUCCCAUCGUGAACGACUUUGAGCCCGUCAAGUUGCACCCGCACUCGUACUUCCGUGAUGGCGAGGACAAGAGGUUCACCAGCGUCGAGAUCGACGCGACCCUGGGGAAGGACUCUAUUAUUGCGAAGGUGACAUCUGGAAUCAAGGAUCUUCUCGUACUCAAGUCUACUGGCUCCGCCUUCGAGAACUUUGUCCGCGACGAGUACACGACGCUCGUGGAAGUGAACGACCGGAUCUUCAGCACGUCGAUCGACCUCUCGUAUGUGUACCGGCCGUUCGCGGUGCCGCCGCUGAAAGACGACCUGCUGCUCGAGCUGGCCGUCACGGGCGAUGACGCGCAGGAAGGCACGGCGUGGGAGGCGGACACGGUCGCGGACAGCGCGCGGAAGAUUACGCUCGAGACGUUCGCGUUGGACGAGAGCGCGAGUGUGCAGGCCACGUUGUACAAGAUGGCGCAGAAGAUCAUCGCGACGAACAAGUUUGUGGACCAGGUUACGUACACGCUGCCGAACAAGCACUACGUGCCUGUGGACAUGAAGUACAUCGGGAUCGAUAACCAGACACCAUCGGAGGCAGAGGUGUUCGUGCCGCUGUCGGCGCCAAGCGGCCUGAUCUCGGCUACAAUCUCGCGACACUGAUCAUGGUGACGUCAGGUGGGACGGGGUAUCUGAAUCUCGCGUCGGCGAGAGUGCGCGGCGGGCGGGGUGUGACGGGUACAUACGCUGCUGUACUAGAGACCGUAACGCGUAACGAACACAUUGCAGCGGGUGUGACACGGGCG